AUGGCAACGGCGGGACAGAAAGUGGUGAUGGUCACCGGGUGCUCGUCCGGGAUCGGGCUGCACAUCGCCGUGAUGCUCGCGAGAGACGAGAUGAAACGAUAUUAUGUGAUUGCUACCAUGCGGGAUCUAAACAGGAAGGAUAAGUUAGUUGAAAUGGCAGGUGACACGUAUGGUAAAACACUGACUGUGCUCACACUGGACGUCUGCAGCGAUGAAUCUGUAAAACUGUGUAUCAACAGUGUCAAAGAUCGACGUAUAGACGUAUUAAUUAAUAAUGCUGGUAUCGGUCUGGUGGGACCGGUAGAGAGUAUCAGUAUAGACGACAUGAAGAAAGUGUUUGAGACUAACUUCUACGGUGUGGUCCGCAUGAUUAAAGAGGUGAUACCUGACAUGAAGAAGAGACGCUCUGGACACAUCAUCGUCAUUAGCAGCGUGAUGGGACUGCAAGGUGUGAUUUUUAAUGAUGUCUACUCCGCAUCUAAAUUUGCCAUGGAGGGAUUCUGUGAGAGUCUUGCUAUCCAGCUAUUGAAGUUUAACGUCACGAUGGCGAUGAUCGAGCCGGGACCCGUACACACAGAGUUCGAGGUGAAGAUGAUUGCAAACAUUUCCAAGCAAGAGUUUCCAGGUGCUGAUGACGACACGAUCAACUACUUCAAGAACAUUUACCUGCCAUCUGCAGUCGUCAUCUUUGAAGCGCUGGGACAAACACCCGAUGACAUCGCUAAGUGCACGAGGAAGGUGAUAGAGGAGGUGAAUCCUCGUUUCCAUAACAUGACGAAUCCUCUGUACACGCCCAUCAUGGCCAUAAAGUUUGCAGAUGAGACGGGCGAUCUGUCAGUUCAGACCAUCUAUCACAUGAUGUUUAGUUUGGGAGGAAUCAUGCGAGUGAGUUUGAACAUCAUCAAGUGCCUCACCUGUGGAUGCUUACGGAGGAGAACCAUCUCACCAAACUAA